AGUGUUUCCAGCUAUUUAUUGAGGAAGAGGCAAGAAAUACUCUGAGUCAUCACCUUCCAGCGCAUCCAAUUUGCAACCCCAAGAAAUGCUGCUCUCUCCAGAGUUCAGUGGCGACCUCGUCAGAGUAAAAUCAGAACCACCUCAUGUUGCAUGGCUGCCAGAAGAGGCCCAGAUGCAGGAACAGCACUGCAGAGAGUCUUCAUCAGGAGGGGCGACACCUGGCAGGUGUCGCAUUAAAGAAGAACCUCGAGAGGACCCUUCAAAUGAACAACCAAUCACAGAAGUGAAGACAGAGCCUUAUAACGUCGCAAACUUGACAGAUCAGGACCAAAUGGGCCACAGCUUUGGCUCUGCAUCAGAAGGUGCAACGCUUGGGAUGUUUCGCAUUAAAGAAGAACCUCAAGAAGACUCUUCGGAUGAACGUCCAAUCACAGUAGUAAAAACAGAGCCUUAUAACGAUGAAAUCUUGGCAGAGAAGGACCAGAUGGGACACAGCCGUAACUCUGCAUCAGAAGGGACAAAAGUAAGCAGUGGUGGGCUUCGUAUUAAGGAUGAGCCCAGUGACGCUUGUGAUGAAGCAUCUUCGGGUUGCACUUCUUCAAAUGCGCAGUUCGAGAUCAGCACAACCACAGUUGAAACACGAUUCGAAACCCCUGCACCGAUCACUACCGACAAUCGACCUACUGAGCGACCCUCAGACCAGAGCGAGACUCGAGAGGCAAGCAAACGAGAGAAAGACAGGCCCUAUAAGUGCAACUUUUGUUUGGCUACAUGUGUUGAUACUGGCCAUUUGGAAGCUCAUCAGAAAACUCAUAGAACGAAGACAUUUACCUGCGACACAUGUUCUGCGACAUUCCGUCAUGCAUCAACUCUGCGGGUGCAUGCAGAACAUCACAGGGGAGAAGGGUCGCGCAAGUCCAAGGUAUGUGCACUUGCAUGCACAUUGAGCGCGUACAAGCACAAUCUCUGUCCAGCACGGUCCAGCCACAGUAUGUGCCUGCGGCAUCACAAGCACACACAUAUGGACAAGAAGCCCUACAAGUGUGAUCUCUCUACUGCAGAAUUCAGCUCAAGCGCAAACCUGUCGUGCCACAAGCGGGGACACACAGGCGAGAAGCCCUACAAGUGUGAUGUCUGCCCUGCGGAGUUCAGGCAGAGAGGGCACCUACAGGGUCACAAGCGGAUACACACUGGCGAGAAGCCACACAAGUGCGAUAUCUGUCCUGCACAGUUCAGGCAUAAGACGAGCCUGUCAUAUCACAAGCUAAAACAUACAGGCGAGAGGCCCCAUAAGUGCAAUCUCUGUCCUGCACAGUUCAGCCAAACCUCAAGCCUGUUGCGCCACAAGCAAAAGCACACAGGCAAGAAGCCAUACAAGUGCAAUCUCUGUCCGGCGGAGUUCAGACAUGGCUCGAACCUGUCACGUCAUAAGCGAACGCACACGGGCGAGAAGCCAUACAAGUGUGACCUCUGUCCUGCAGAGUUCAAUGAGAGCAUAACGCUGCGGAAUCACAAGCGAACACAUACAGGUGAGAAGCCCUAUAAGUGCAGUGUCUGUCCUGCAGAGUUCACACAUGGCGCACACCUGUCACGUCAUAAGCGAACACACACGGGCGAGAAGCCAUACAGGUGCGAUCUCUGUCCUGCAGAGUUCAGCAGGAGCAUGAACCUCUCUCAUCACAAGCGAACACACACAGGCGAUAAGCCCUACAAGUGCAAUCUCUGUCCUGCAGAGUUCAGCCUUGGCACAACCCUGUCACGUCAUAGGCGAACACACACAGGCGAGAAGCCAUACAGGUGCGAUCUCUGCCCUGCAGCGUUCUGUGAUAGAAGUUCUCUGCGGUAUCACAAGCAAACACACACGGGUGAGAAGCCAUACAAGUGCAAUCUCUGUCCUGCAGAGUUCAGAAGAAGCACGGACCUCUCUCGUCACAAGCAAACACACACAGGCGUAAAGUCCUACAAGUGCAAUCUCUGUCCUGCAGAAUUCAGCCUUGGCACAACGCUGUCACGUCAUAGGCGAACACACACAGGCGAGAAGCCGUACAGGUGCGAUCUCUGCCCUGCAGCGUUCUGUGAUAGCAGGGCUCUGCGGAAUCACAAGCAAAAACACAUGGGAGAGAUGCCAUAAAAGUUCAACCUCUGUCCUGCAGAGUUCAGCAAGAGCACGGACCUGUCAUGUCACAAGCAAACACACACAGGCGAGAAGCCAUACAAGUGCAAUCUCUGUCCUAGCGGUCUGCUGUCACGAGCGCACACACAAAAAAGUGACCUCUG